AUGGCUGCUCCUCGCAAAACGAUUAUCUCCUCUGGACUGGGACAGUACGCCGGCAGCGAUGCCAAUGCGCUGAAGCAUUUCGGCGCAGACGCUCAGAGCAAAGUCAAGGCAAUGCUGGCAGAGAGUAUUCAGAAAGCAAACGAUGCAGGAUUCGACGUUAUUGCUGUCGAUGCAAACCCUCAAGACCCAGAGGAUACGAUGAAGCGGUUCACAGAGGCACUCAAAAGUCAUGAGGCUGUUGGCUUCAAUGUUGGCUUCGGACUUCGGGGGCACAAAGAGCAUACUGAGUUGUUCGAGAAAUUGGUCAAUAAUGCCGUGCAGGCUCGACCUGGCAUCAAGAUCAUGUUCUCCAAUGGUCCUGGGGAGGUUAUUACAGCUAUCAGAAGGAACUUCCCGGAGGAUUUCUAA